CAGGGGCGGUGCGGGGGCGUGGGCAGCACGCGCUGUGCGCUCCCGGGCUGCGAGGUCGCGCGAGGCUGCGGGCCGCGCGCCGCCGCCGCUGCCGCCGCCACUGGCCUCUUCGGAGGCGCGGGCCCGACGGAAGCCAUGUUUGUGGCUCGCAGCAUCGCGGCGGACCACAAGGAUCUCAUUCACGAUGUCUCUUUCGACUUCCACGGGCGGCGGAUGGCGACCUGCUCCAGCGAUCAGAGCGUGAAGGUCUGGGAUAAAAGUGAAAGUGGUGAUUGGCAUUGUACUGCUAGCUGGAAGACACAUAGUGGAUCUGUAUGGCGUGUGACAUGGGCCCAUCCUGAAUUUGGACAGGUUUUGGCUUCCUGUUCUUUUGACCGAACAGCUGCUGUAUGGGAAGAAAUAGUAGGAGAAUCAAAUGAUAAACUGCGAGGACAGAGCCACUGGGUUAAAAGGACAACUCUGGUGGAUAGCAGAACAUCUGUUACUGAUGUGAAGUUUGCUCCCAAGCACAUGGGUCUUAUGUUAGCAACCUGUUCGGCAGAUGGUAUAGUAAGAAUAUAUGAGGCACCAGAUGUUAUGAAUCUCAGCCAGUGGUCUUUGCAGCAUGAGAUCUCAUGUAAGCUAAGCUGUAGUUGUAUUUCUUGGAACCCUUCAAGCUCUCGAGCUCAUUCCCCCAUGAUCGCUGUAGGAAGUGAUGACAGUAGCCCCAACGCAAUGGCCAAGGUUCAGAUUUUUGAAUAUAAUGAAAACACCAGGAAAUAUGCAAAAGCUGAAACUCUUAUGACGGUCACUGAUCCCGUUCAUGAUAUUGCAUUCGCUCCAAACUUGGGAAGAUCUUUCCAUAUUCUAGCAAUAGCAACCAAAGAUGUGAGAAUUUUUACCUUAAAACCUGUGAGGGCAUUGGUAUUAAUCAUGUUAAUGUAUUUGAUUAUUUUCCUUUCAGCUAAUUAUAUGGACAAUUGGAAGUGUACUGGUAUUUUGAAAGGUAAUGGGAGCCCAGUCAAUGGGAGUUCUCAGCAGGGAAACUCAAAUCCUUCCCUAGGUUCAAAUAUUCCAAGUCUUCAGAAUUCAUUAAAUGGAUCUUCUGCUGGCAGGUAUUUCUUUCCCCCUCUGGAUUCCCCACGGGCUGGAUCGAGAUGGUCCAGUUAUGCCCAGCUCCUUCCUCCUCCUCCUCCUCCUCUGGUAGAGCACUCUUGCGAUGCUGACACUGCCAACCUCCAGUAUCCUCACCCUCGCAGACGAUAUCUCUCUCGGCCUCUUAAUCCCUUACCUGAGAAUGAAGGGGUUUAAAACACUGAUUUAACAUUGAAAGGCCUUAUUCAAGUGCUUGUAAAUGCUUUCAUUUCUGGCUGCUUUUUGUUUUUCUUCACUUUCUUUCAGAAGAUUUUUCUAACUUAGGGUCUGUCUUGCAUGUAUUACAACUGGAAUACGGUGUUUCGAACCUAAAUCUGUUUGUGCGUCUCCAUCAAAGGAACGUUGGCUUCACUGGGUGACAACCUUUGAUGAAAUGAGAUAUGUCCAAGUAACGUUAACUGUGAAGUUACACAGUAGCUGACUUCAAAGUGCCUGUUUUGUAAAUUUUAUUUUGAACUGUUCCCAUAGUCUUAAGUUGUUUAUCCUUUAUCAGACUGGCUAAUGUGAAAGCAUAUUCUUACGAAGCUGAUUCUGUCUUUGAGACCUUAGAAAAUGGAUUUCAUUUUACAGGCUAAUGUUGCAACUGACUAGUAUGUAAAAUAAAUCAUUCCUGUGUAUAAAGCAGCAAAACCCAA